AUGGGUCCAGAAAUACAGUACGACGAUGAACCUCAGGAACCAAGAGAGAGAACAUUGGAGAUGUCACUACCUUCAUCCCAAAAUGAUGAUAAAUCCCAAGAAGUCAAUCUGCUACCUUCUGCCCAACCAAUGACACCCAACAGAGCAACCCGGCCCAUCGUUACCCCCAAAAACCCACCACUCUAUACCUUGAAGCGCCAGAAAGACUUCCGCGACAAAGACAUAUACUUCGCCAUCAAAUGGGCAUGCGGUAUCCUAACCGUCGCAGCCUCCAUCGUCUUCGGUAUCUGGGCGCCUUUGUCUUACGAAGCCACGAUCGCCGACAACGAUACCCAGAACUCCAUGGUCACCGUCCUCUCAAACGCCAAAGAUCUGGCUUCGACGGCCAACAUCAUCGCGUCGAACGCACUGGACACCGCAAGCGCACAGCGCGAAGCGAUGGCAUCACUGUACAGCACGAUCGGGCUGAUGGGACAGCUGGCCGUCAUGGAAUUCUGCUACGGGCAACAGACGCUGAGCGCUUGCGGUUCCUACGUCCAGGGAGCGGAGCAUUCGCUCGAGAGCCUGAUCGAUCGACUAGGACACAGGGCGGUUUCGACCGCUGCGACUGAGGCGGCGGGGCCAUCUGUCGCGACGGUUACCCCGGAAGGUAGCGGCGCUGGAGCUGUUCCUGAUGCAGCUCCUCCUCCUCCUUCCAAUAAUGCAGCUCCCGAUCCUGGCGCAGCAGCUCCGACGGAACAGCAAUCGGCAUCUGGAGCUGCUCCGUCUGAAGCGCGACCGACUUCAGGAGCGACUCCAAGCUCAAUACCAGGACCUACUGCUACGAGUCCAGCAGCUUCUCCGUCCACUAAAAAGGCGCCAAGGCUUCCUGUCGACGCAGUCCUAGGGAUUGUAUUUGGUCUGAUUGGUGUUGGGGGAGCUAUGUUAGGUUUCUUUGUCUGGAGGAUACGCAGGAGAAGACUGAUGCUGUCAGGAGAGUGA